AGUGUGCUCGGCGAGCAGAGGUGAAGAAGAGGAGGAUGAAGCUGGGAGCGGAGGAUGGGAGGAAGAGUGGAGUAAAGAGACAGGCGGGCUGUGCGUGAACGACUGCGUGAGAACUCGGGCAAGAAGGUCACACAACGGGGAGACAAUCCAAUGCUCAGGGGAGGCCCUUUGGAGCACCGCUAACGGAAACUUUCAACUUUUUUUUACCCGCCACUGCUGUGCCCGGAGCCGGCUUUGUUUCACGGCGGGGGCGUCUCUAAAUGAAGGAAUAAAAUAGAUCCCCGUCGACCUUUUUCUGUCCAAGUGGGGGAUUACCCUGGAGCCCAUUUUGACCCUGGUUACUAAAGGAUGGCGGCCAACAUGUAUCGAGUGGGAGAUUAUGUUUACUUUGAGAACUCCUCCAGCAACCCCUACCUGAUCCGCAGGAUAGAAGAGCUCAACAAGACGGCUAAUGGAAACGUGGAGGCCAAGGUGGUUUGUCUAUUCAGAAGACGAGACAUCUCAGGCAACCUCAACACUUUGGCUGACAGCAACGCACGAGAGUUCGAGGAGGAGUCCAAGCAGCCAACACUGUCAGAACAACAGAAGCACCAACUCAAACACAGAGAGCUCUUUCUCUCUCGACAGUUUGAAUCGCUACCUGCCACUCAUAUCAGGGGCAAAUGUAAUGUCACCCUCCUCAAUGAAACAGACGUCCUGUCAGGAUAUUUAGAGAAAGAGGAAUGUUUCUUCUAUUCACUUGUGUUUGACCCAGUCCAAAAGACUCUGCUGGCAGACCAGGGAGAGAUACGGGUGGGCUCCAAGUACCAAGCAGAUGUCCCUGACAAGCUACCUGAGGGUGAACCAGACAGUCGGGUCCAGGAGAAGUUGGAGACCAAGGUGUGGGACCCUGACAACCAACUCAAAGACCCUCAAAUUGACCAGUUUCUAGUGGUGGCAAGAGCUGUUGGGACAUUUGCCCGAGCGCUGGACUGCAGCAGCUCUAUCCGCCAGCCCAGCCUUCACAUGAGUGCUGCUGCCGCCUCCAGAGACAUCACACUGUUCCAUGCCAUGGACACAUUGCAGAAGAAUGAUUACGACCUAGCCAAAGCUAUGUCCACCCUGGUUCCCCAGGGGGGUCCCGUGCUGUGUCGCGAUGAGAUGGAGGAGUGGAGUGCAUCUGAGGCCAUGUUGUUUGAGGAAGCUCUCGAAAAAUACGGCAAAGACUUUAACGACAUCCGUCAGGACUUUCUGCCUUGGAAGUCCUUAGCCAGCGUGGUCCAGUUCUACUAUAUGUGGAAGACUACAGACCGCUACAUCCAGCAGAAACGACUAAAAGCAGCAGAGGCAGACAGCAAGCUGAAGCAGGUUUACAUCCCCACCUACACCAAACCCAACCCCAAUCAGAUCAUGGUGCCAGGCAGCAAGCCUGGGUUGAACGGUGCUACAGGCUUCCAGAAAGGUCUCAACUGUGAGAGCUGUCACACGGCACAGUCACCUCAAUGGUACGCCUGGGGUCCCCCCAACAUGCAGUGCCGACUCUGCGCUUCCUGCUGGAUUUACUGGAAGAAGUAUGGAGGCUUGAAGACCCCCACGCAGCUAGAGGGCGCUACAAGAGCUGGCUCUGAGUCGGGGCCCCGUGGACACAUGACCCGUCAGGAGGUCCAAGGCUUGUCGCCGUUCACUCGCAACGAGGGGCGAGCUAAACUGCUGGCCAAGAACCGCCAGACCUUCAUCCUGCAGACCACCAAGCUGACCCGCGUGGCUCGGCGGGUCUGCGAAGACAUCCUGCAAUCUCGACGCGCAGCGCGCCGGCCGUAUGCCUCAAUCAACGCCAACGCUGUCAAAGCAGAGUGUAUGAUCCGCUUGCCCAAAGCUACAAAAACUCCUGUGAAGAGCAAAGUGGUGCCUCGACAGUCGCUGGCCAACAUUGUAAAGGAACUAGCCAUCUCUGCUCCUCUCAAGCUGAAGGCAUCCAGAGGACCCCCGACACCCAUCAAUAGGAACCAGGUCAGCCAGCCACGUGUGGGUCAAGGCCUGCUGGGAAAGAGAGGUUUUGACAGUGCCACAGGCAUGCCCUACUCGGCCAAUGGGAGGUCUUACACUUCCGGCAUGCGGACUACCUCCCAGUCGGUCAUUAAGCGUCAGAAGGUCAGCCAGGGAGAGGCCCCCAACCCGGUUGUGUUUGUGGCCACCAAGGACACCAGGGCUUUGAGGAAGCACCUGACUCAAUCAGAGAUGCGACGGGCAGCCAGGAAGCCUCACCUCCCCGUCCGGAUCAAACUGCCCCCGCCCCCUCGUCCCCUAGCAAUGCCUCUGCUCCCCUCCAGCACCAGCGAGCCCAUCGUCCUGGAAGACUGAAGGACAGGGUUUCUUUUUAGCGGCACAGGGACAAGGGGGAUGGUCUAGGUCCUUACCUGCCGUUUUUUUACUUCCCAUUUCUCUUUAGUCCUCUCCACAAGUGAAUCUUUCCAACACGUACACAUUUAACACACACCUCAGGCUUUGUAGAAUUGUAUUCCAGAUCCUGAAUUAGUUUUUAAUGCAGUCUGCUUUUUAAAUGUGUAAUUUAAAUGGAGCUAUUUUUUUUUCUCCUUCUCCAUACUAAAAUGAUGAUGAAGCACACUUGGAUCAAUAUCUCUGUGUAAAUAUACACGUCAUAUAGGAGCAAAGCAAAGGGGAGGAAGUUUUAAUGCAUCUGCGUCUCAACAACGGCAACUUCAUUUUUGAGCAAGCACAAAUAGUUUUUUAAAUGAUUCAGUAUCAGUUUGGGUAAAAGAUCAACCAGGUGUGCAAAGGUCUUAAUAUAUUCAUAUUUUGUCAGCCGAGCUUACCUUAAGCAAGCAUUGGUACUGGUAUUCUAAAUCUUUGGAAUACUAAUUUACACGCUGUACACAUUCUUGUUUUGGGCUUGCUGGUCAUUUUUAUGAGCUCUUUAUGCAUUUGCACGAUGCAACUUGCUGAUGCCGCCGGUUGCUUCAAUGCGGUGUUGCAAGAGUGCUGAAGUCCACAAUGAAGCCAUAGUGUGUGACAUCUGUCUAACUUAGCUGAAUGAAAGUGAUGCCGUACUGAUUUGGCAUGCCUGCUGAUGAAAGUCUUGAUUUUAAAAAAGCAGUGUGAAAGUGUGGGUGGUUGGUUCUAACACGGUGAAAGACUUUACAUCCCUAAGCUUCCCUUCCUUUGUUUGCUUUAAGGUGCCCCCGUUAGUACCUUUUUAUGAAAGGCUUAAUUGGAUAAUCAUAAGUCCUAUGUAUUGCCCUCAUCCUGAGCUCCACAGCACUGAGGGCGACAAGGACUGUUUUUAACAUUGUCUUUCUCAAAUAAAGAAAAAGUAGGAAUGUUUGUAGCAAAUUCUAGUCUGUGUCCAAAAAGGGACAGUGGAUAUCAUUGGAAAGUGUUCAUGUGACUCUCCUCUUGAUUGGGCGGUCCUGUCAUUUUUUUGGGGGUGGGAUGGGGUUACUGACUUUUUGUAUGGCUCAGAGAGAAAUAUGCUACAAUUGAAAACCUUUUUCUCAAGUGUUUUUUUUAUUCCAAUGUGUCUGUAUCCUUUAAUGUCUCUUGAUAAGAAAAUAAAGUUCAUUUUUCUUUGUGCUCA